GUAUAGGCGGAGAGUGAGGUGUGACGAACUUAUACGUGCAGUAAAGGAUCUCUGUACACUCUCUAGAUCUGCAAUUUCACCUGCUUUGAAUGGAGAUGUAGAGGUUGUUUUGAUAAGGACCUGCCUUGCAUGGGCCAGUAGGCCUUCUGCAGUGUUCCUCCAUUCUUAUGUUCUUAUCACACUUGGUAUGGUUAACCCUGAAGGUUUCUCCUCAGGCUGGGGAGAGUCUUCAGCUGACUCUCUACAAAAAUGGUAUCGUGGUAGACGAAGGAGGCUUCCGCAACUUUGAGGCUGUUAAAACACGGCAAUUCCUGCAGGAUAUCCUCGAUGGCUUCUUCCCUAGUGAGCUACAGGAUACAUUUCCUCAGGGCAUCCCUAUUAAGGUUCGUGACAAGCGGCAAGUGAUAUUUCUGCCUAACUCUUCUAAACGUAAGGGAGCGAUACGGCCACCAGUUCCUCCUAAGCCAAGAAUCCCCACCACUGACUCAUUGCCCACUAUGUCCUCCCUCACAUCAGUGACUUCUACGCUCUUCAGCAGCGUCUCUGAGGCUGAGACAAGACCUGUGGAGGCCCUUGUUCCAGUAGAAACUAGUGACAGUGCGCCUCCCACCAUCCCUCCACCAGAAACAUCAGGAGACACUUCGCGCCUGUGUCCAGAGAUGGAUUAUCGAAGCGAAUCAAGUGAUGUCAGCAGUCGUCGUAACUCCCUUCAGCGUGGCAGUGACAAGUCUGAAGGUGAAGGGGUUGGGAGGGUUGAGAGCAGCCAUCGAGGGAGUGAGGUGUGGAGGCAUGCAGAGGUGCCUACUGUUCCUGCUAUCACUGCUGUCAGGCGUGACAGUCGCAGAGAGAGUGAAUCACGUCGAGGAUCUGACCACCGCACACAUCAGUGUCGUCGUGGUUCAGAGUGUCGACGUAGCAGUGAAUUAGCUAGAACGACACUUGACCUUGACCUAGGUCGUCGUGCUACCUCUAAACAUCCCCUUGAAUGGAACCGCAUCAACCGCACUGCUUUUCUUCUGAAUGAUGACACAUUUGAUUCCAAUGGCAAUCGUAGAGGAAGUGUGGGAGUGCUGAGUGCUGACCCUUAUGAUAUGGACAAUCUUAGGAAAAGACGAACAUCAGUAGAGGACUUCUUAGCCAAAGUUCCCACCUGCGUCGUCAAGAAUGGCAAGAUUGUAAACUUGAGAGAGGAAGUGGCUGACAUGCUCAUGGGACCAUCCAGGAAGAACUCUCUUACGUUGGUACACACACCUGUGCUAGACGAGGCAGGAGAGAGCCAGGAGAGUAAUGACCAGGACACUUUGGUAGACAACCAGGUUGAUAAUAGUGAUCCACACUGCCCAGCACUUACUUCCACUACCACCUCAACCACCACCACUCACCAUGAUUAUGCACACUCCAGAACCACCCUCAGAAUUAAAGGGGGAAAAUGUUUUAUUGAAGAAAUUGUGUCAGUUGAAAUAUCGGUUUUCAUGCUUUAA